GUUAAAGUUUCAUUUGACCUGGACAACAUUCAGAUCAAGUACAUUGAUGAGGACAAUGAUGAGGUCUCUGUGAACAGCAAAGAGGAAUACGAAGAAGCUCUGAAGAUUGCAGUUAAACAAGGAAAUCAACUUCAGAUGAAUGUGUAUGAAGAAAACUCUUCUUUGAAAGAAGCUUCAUAUUCUUGUUCUUCGCAACCACAUGAAAAAACUGGAGCAGGAAAGUUGGCACCUCCUAAAGCUGAGAAGAACCUUCCUUUGCACUAUUCUGUGCUAGCUCAGGGGUUAGAGGAAGACUUAAAAAGUGAACAGGAGCUGGCAACUCAGCAAAAGUUAAAUCACACUAGAAUAGGAAGAACAAAUGAAAAACCUCCAGAAUGGUUUACUAGCUACCUGGAAACAUUUAGGGAACAGGUAGUUAAGGAAACUGUUGAGAAGCUGGAGCAGAAGCUAUACGAGAAGCUUGCUCAGCAGAAUCAGCCUCCGGAUUUUCCUGAGAGCACUAUUCCAGCAGAACCUGCAGUGUCAGAGAGCCAGCCAGGGGAUGGCAGCCAGUGUGACUGGCUCAUCUCCUGCUGCAGCUGCCAGGCCCGGAUCGUCGGAGUUCGUUACCAGUGCAGCCUUUGCCCAGCCUACAAUAUCUGUGAACAGUGUGAAGCAGGAACAUAUGCCCAUGAUCCUAAUCAUGUCUUGCUGAAGCUGCGAAGACCUGUGCUAUGUGUUGCCGAGAGUUACAGUCUUGCAGAGUUCUCCCCUCGCCUGCCUGCUACUCUGGAGCAAGUUAGGCUCCAGAAACAGAUGGACAAAAGAUUUCUGAAGGCAGAAAAGCAAAGAUUACGAGCAGAGAAGAAACAGCGAAAAGCAGAGGUCCGGGAGCUGAAAAAGCAGCUCAAACUGCACAGGAAAAUUCACCUAUGGAGCUCUGUCCAUGGCCUGGAAACGAGUGGCUCACCAGCUCUGAAACCCGAGAGCCUCCAACCCAGCACCUUCCUGAGCCCUACUCAGCCCUUCCAAGCAGUUGUCCCAACACUAAGUGCAGUAUUUGUGGAUGAGAACUUGCCAGAUGGGACUCACAUGAAACCGGGAACCAAGUUUAUCAAGCACUGGCAAAUGAAGAAUACUGGCAGUGUGGAAUGGAGCUCAGACACGAAGCUGAAACUUAUGUGGGGAAACCUGACCUUGGCAUCUUCUGAAAAAAAAGAUGUGUUGGUGCCAUCCCUUCCCUCGGGACAAGUAGGAACUGUUUCAGUUGAGUUCGUAGCUCCUAAUAUAGAAGGAACUUACACGUCUCACUGGAGACUGUCACACAGAGGGGAACAGUUUGGGCCCAGGAUCUGGUGCAGUAUUGUUGUGGAUCCCUCCCCUGCUGCUGAAUGUCUAGAAAGCAAUGGGAAGGAUUCUGACUCCUGCCAGAAGAAUGAAGCUUCUAGCACCAAAAAGGAUGUUUCCUUUAAGACAGAAGCAGGUGUUCAAGCGAUGGGUGAAAUCAUGGAGCAGGUUGAAAUACCUCUGCCAACUAUGCCUUUAAAGGUCAAAAAUCUGCCAAGUGAGAGAGAAUUUUAUAUCCCAUCUGUUGACCUCCUCACUGCACAGGACUUGCUGUCCUUUGAGCUGUUGGACAUUAACAUUGUGCAGGAGCUGGAGCGAGUGCCGCACAAUACUCCUGUUGACAUGACUCCCUGCAUGUCCCCUUUGCCACAUGAUAGCCCCUUGGUGGAGAAACCUGGCUUAGGUCAGAUAGAGGAGGAGAACGAGGGGAGUGGAUUUAAACCAGUGCCUGCAGUGAGGGAAGCCUGCUUUCCUGCAGAUGCUUGUCUAGUGAAAGCAAAAGCUGAACAUCCCUUGAAUCAGGAGGAAGGGGAAGAAGACAUGAGUGGGACUCAGUUUGUCUGUGAAACGGUCAUUCGUUCCCUAACCCUGGAUGCUGCACCUGACCACAAGCCCCCCCAAAAGAAGAAAGUCCUCCAGAACUCUUCACAAAUGCUGCAAGACACCUUCAGCUGUAAUGCAAUAAAUGAAGAGUCUUCUAAGACCAGAACUUUCAAAAAGGAAGCAAAGAUUCAUCAGUCAGAGGCAGUGACAGGAAAUGGCCACGGGGACCUACCACUACCUGGUGAGAGAGCAGGCCCCUGCAGCGAUACUGGCAAUUCUGAUGAAGAAGUUGAUGAUAAAGAUGAUAUCCAAAGUCAAGGCUCCUCUGCUUCAUCAGAGGAUUAUAUCAUCAUUCUCCCUGAGUGCUUUGACACCAGCCGUCCCUUAGGGGAGUCUAUGUAUAGUUCAGCUCUUUCCCAGCCCAGUUUGGAGAUGACAGGAGAACCUCAAACAGGAGCAGAGAACCCAGAAGGGGGAAGCCAGCCACAGAUCCACAGUGUCAGUGAUAUGGUGACCACUUCACAAACACUGGUUGUCGAACCGUUAACCCCGGAGGUUACAGACACCUUAACCCAGACACAAAGGAAUCUUGCAUCUCCUCAGGAUCGUAUCUUCCAAGAACCAAACAUACCAGCUGCAGAGAAUCUCUCCUCCACUCAGAAUCAAAUAAGAGAAGAACCCAGUGGUGAAGACAGUCAUGGACCAGGGUCUUCUGGAUUUCUAACUAGUAAACGGAAGUGCUCAGAAUACCCAAGAUACCCUCAAGGAAGCAGCAUUGCAGGAGAACUUGUUAAAGGUGCUUUGUCAGUUGCUGCUUCUGCCUACAAAGCAUUGUUUGCUGGACCACCCACUAUAGAACAGCAGCCUGCAGCUACAGAAGAGCACACUGCCGCUCUUCUGUCCAGCCUGUUUGAGAUGGGGUUCUGUGACAGGCAGUUAAACCUCCGGCUGCUGAAGAAACACAAUAAUAACAUGCUUCAAGUGGUAACUGAGUUGCUUCAGCUCGGGAACAGUGACUGGUACAGUGGUAGGUGCUGA